GUUCCGCUCAUUUCUUGUUACAAGUAACGGUUAAGUAAAAAACGAUAUUGUAUACCGUGGCAUAGGUUUAACUUGUAAAAAGCGCAUUUAACGUUAUUUAAAUUGAAAAUAAAAUUAUUUUUUAUGUAAUAAGAGAGAAAAGAACUUGAUUCUAAAAAUUAUCAUAAAAGAGUGGCAAGAAAAUCCAGACGAGUGGCGCGUCUGUGCAAACGGCUCCUCUUUGGUUACAUGACGUAAUUGUAUUGAUCGCGGAAGAAGAGCCGAAAGUCGCGCAUUCGCCAUCUUGGACGAAUUGUAGAAAAGAAGUUUCUGUGUCUCGCAGGCGCGGUACGCUUGUAAUAAUUGUAAUCCGUGACAAUCCGGACAUUAAUUAAUUUAAUUGGGAAUUAACCCUUUUGUGAAUUAGAAACCCAUUUGGAGCGGACCAAGACAACGGGUUCGUUCUUUGGGUCUGAUUGGUACUAAAUGGUUGCCUGCAGACAGCAUGUCUACUCUGUCAGGGCUUGUGUCGAAGGGGGAGAAAGGAAAAUCCAAGUUUCAAUCAUUAGACAUCAAUAGCUUGUACCGGGUGAGUAGGGGAGAAUCUUUAGAGCAACAUCAGCAAAAAAACACAUUACCACGCAAACAUGGAAUGCAAAGUCUUGGGAAAGUGCCUUCGGCACGGCGACCUCCUGCUAAUCUGCCUAGUUUAAAAAGUGAACAUAGUAGUAACGAUCCAGCUGUCAGUUUAGUACCAAGUGGAGGAAGUGGCUGGGCUACUACCAAAGAGUCAACAACUACCAUUACUGUUACAACCACUACAACUGUAACUGCACCAGAUACAUCUGCAAAUUCUUCAACAGCACAAUGUGUAGCAGGGACUGUUGCAACAACAUCAUUACAUCCAUUACUCCCAGGACAACAAAAUACCUCACAAUCUUCAUAUUCUUCCGAUGUGAACCACAAGUCAUCAUGGAGUGCAAUAAUGAGCAGAUCUGGAGAUGGCACUGUAUCAGGAGGGCAGCAGCAACAGCAGCAGCAGCAACAACAACAACAACAACAAACGAUAAGUCGGGAAUUAAAUGCGCAAUAUGGACCUGGACCAAGUUUACGACCUCAAACGCAAGGAAGUUGGAUACAAGGUGGAAGUCGUACAGCCAGUGGUACAGGAAUAGGAACUACUGGUCCUGUAAGUGGGAAUUCAGGUGUCCAGGCCCCCCCUUUGAAUAUCACUGGGUCCGGAGGACAUACCGACAUAUCUGGUGGCGGGCGACAGAACUUGGUCCAGUCUCCCAAUAUGGGCAUGGGCCAGGGAGGCCCUCAUAGUUCUUCAAGCAGUCAAAAUGCUUUAACUUCUAGUUCUCAUCAAGUUGGUCCAAAUUUACAUCAUUACAGGGGACUUAUUCUUCCAUUUAUGUACAGGGGGAACUUUUCUGGUGGAUUUCCGUCUCAAUUUCCAACAAAUACAAAUUCCGGUGGGCCUAGACCUCGGUUUAAUUACUCUGCAGAGCGGCUCCCUCCACCACCUGUUCGUCAACAAGAACGUGAACGUGUUCCUGAGGAAGAAAUUAUUACACGACCAAUUAUUAAAGAAGAAGAUCUUAGUCGAAUGGACGAUAUUUCUCGUGAUGCUGGCUGGGCAGCGCAUGAUGAUAUUGAUUAUAAUCAAAAGCUUGCCUUCAGCGACGACGAACCUGAUCUUGAAUCUUCGAAAAAAGAUGAAAUAAAAGACAAUAAAGAAGAAAAAACAGAGGAAAAUUCGACAGAUGAUAAAGAAAAGACAAGAGAUAACCGCGAUAUCCGUGAUAACCGUGAUAACUGCGAUACUCAGGAAAACCGAGAUUUGAAGGAAUCUCGAGACCAAGCAACUCAUCGUUCAUGGACUCAAAGUUCUUUAUCCCGUGAUUAUCGUGGUUCCAACGGGUCUGGUAGUUACAGCGGUCAGUCACAACUGCAUUCGGUGCAUUCUUUAAGAGGCGUAGAAGAUGACGAAGCGUGGAACGAGAGACGCAGACUAAAAGUUGUUGAAGUAGCAUCUGUUGUUGAACGCGCUCGGCAACGGAAAGAAGAAGAAGAAAAGAGAUAUCAGGAAUCAACUAGACAAGCGGCAGCUAAGAAAUUGCAAGAUUUAGAGCAAAAGUUAAAGGAGAAACAAGCUAAUGAAUCAAAAGGUUUAAUAAGCGUUCCAGCAGUGCCAAUUCCAGUUCCUGAGUGGGAACGAGAAAGGGAAAAUAGAGAACGAGAAAAUAGAGAACGAGAGCGACCUGAAGGAAAAGACGAAAAGUCAUUGAAUCGUGAAUUACGUGAAACUAGAGACGGUCUAAAAGAUGGUAGAGAUCCGCGCGAUCAAUUGCUAUCAGAUUAUCGACAAACUGAUCGACAAAGUUUUACGAGACAAGAUAGUAUUCGUAACGAACGUGAAAGAGAACGAGAUCGCGAUCGUGACCAGAGGGAUACGAGGGAUCGUGAACUACAUGCCUCAUUCUUUCGAUAUUACAAAACUAAUUUACCACCUCGAUUUCAAAAACAACAAGCAGAAAAAAUCAAUGCUGGUCUUAGUCGAGUUUCUCCUAAUACUGAAAGAUCGUCUGCUCAACCCAUUCCAUUCUCUCAGCAGUACGACCCUGGUAGAUGGGUUCAUAGUCAUAGCUCUUUAAUAGAUAGCAACUUAAAAACAUCAUCACACGGAGCAUCGCAACGCCGGAGUAGGACAGAUUCUGACAUUUCUACUUCAAUGGACGAUGACCGACCUCCAUCCCGAGAUUAUCGUGGUUCUCUACUUCGGGAUGAUCGAUAUCGCCAUUCUUCACAUCGACCAUAUGACACACGCAAGUCAGGCGGUUACUACGAUGAGUAUACACGUAGCUGUAGAGAUCAUGACUACGACGAUAGACAUUCUCGUGAUUCUUGGGAACGCGAAAGAUAUUUCGAUGACAACAAGGAUCGAGAAAUAAAAGAUGGUAUAGAAAGCAGAGAUGUCAGGGAAACUCGGGAUAUUCGUGAUAAUCGUACCAAUAGGGACAACCGAGAUGCGAGAGAAAUUCGAGAAAGAGAUAAGGAUAAAAAGGAUUACGAUAAUUAUUUGAAGGAUCCCUUUGAUGAUCGCAAUCGUGAUCGCGAGCGUGAUCGUGAUCGUGAUCGUGAUCAACGAGAACGGGAACGGGAACGGGAACGGGAACGAGAACGAGAACGAGAACGUGAACGAGACCGCGAUCAGAGAGAAAGAUCGGAAAGUACGGAAUGGCGCGAGGAACGUAUCAUUCAAGAGAGAAUGAUCGAUAAUCGUCGUGAUUUACAAAGAGAAGAACGAAUGGAGCGUAAUGAACGUCCCCAAAGACCAGAUUCUCGCGAUAGUCGUACUUCUCGAGAAUCAAAAACAUCUUUACGUGACGAUGAUUCACACAAAUUACGGGAUUGUAGUUCGUGGGUAAAUGAAGUUGCUGAUUAUGAAGAAAAUAAACGUGAUAUGUAUGAAGAUAUUCGAGAAAGAGAAAAAGAAAGAGAAAGGAGACAACCACUAGGACCUGUAACUAAAGAGAGAAUUGAGGCGGAUGAAUUGAAAAACGAAAAACGUAACUUAACUCAAUUGAAACGAGCAAGUUCUGAUCAAGAAAAAAAAGAUCAAACAAAAGAAUCUACUAUAGAAUUGAAAAAAGAAACAGAUGUUUGGAAUAGGAAAGGUGAGCGAGUUAACGAAAAUAAUCGAGUUAUGGAAAGAGGUGAUAACUCUCCAAAAGCUUGGGCAGAUGCUGUUUCUCCAACGUUUGAAAAAGAAGAAGAGAAAAUUUUGGAACCUAUUAAAAAUGAUAAAGACUUAGAGGAUUUAAAGCAAAAUUUCGAUAAAUUAAAUUUAGAUAAAAGGGAAGACACAUUAAAUGAAGAUAUAACAUUAGAACAACAAGUAAAAGAAGAUAAACGAGAGAAAAAUAUUCGGAAUAGAACUAGUAGUGGUGGAUCGAAUUCGAGGGUGCGUGAUUCUCGAGGCGGCCGUCAGUGGGGAAGUACCUAUAGCGUAUAUGUUCGAGGUUGGCGUGGUCCAGAAACGAGAGGAAGAAGGGGUGGAUCUAGAGCUGCUACUAGACCAGCUUCUGCCAGGAGUGGUUCGUAUGGACAUACUGAUUCAGAAAAUAGUGCUGAUGAGGUGUCUGGUUCAACUGAAUCUGGCAAAGAAGAAAAGAAAACGAGAUCACCAAAACCUAGUCAAAGGACAGAAAAAGAAGAACGUAAUCGUGAAGCAAUGGUAUCUACUCGAGAUGAAAAACGUGCUGAUUAUUCUCAAUCGCAACGCAACGAGAAAAGAACUUACGAUAGUAAAGUAAGUCGCGAAGGUUUUGCUCCUUCAGGUGAACCAUCUCGUCGUGGUCGAGGAGGCAGUUUUAGAAUUCGAAGUACAACUGCUACAGGCAGUCGUUUGGAAGGAUAUGGACCUCCAUCUAAUAAGAGUCCUUUUUCCUCUGAACGUAAUAUUGAUGAAAAACAAAAUUCUAUAAGACAAAAUCCACCGACACCUACUUCAGAAAAGGAGGUAAAUUCUUUGCUUUUAUCACAGAAUGAAUCUACUGAUGAUAAAAUGAUAGCAAAACAACAAGCUCUUACUGCUGGAAUAACUGGAAAACGUGCCAAAUCUCCAAAUCAACAGUCACAACAAACUCAACAAUCUUGUAACAAACAAGAUGUAUGUCAUACAAAUAGUAACAGUACUCAAAAGGUACAAGUUCCAAGAAAAGAGGAAUCGCGUUCAAAAAGAACUCGCAGUGGAAGUAGAAGGGGUAGAGAUAGUCGUGAAUUACGUUACCGUGGUAGUGGCAGUAAUGUACCGAAGCAAACCUCUUCAGAUGUGGGAAAUGAAGAUUGGGAAACCACAUCUGAGAACAGUGAGGACCAUGUAGAGGACCAUAAAGAGCCACGUAAUAGUCGUAAUAAACAAUUUUCUGCGCGUACAAGUUCGAGUAGUAACCAAAAUGUUAUAGCAUCGAAUGUACAUUUACGAAGGAAUGAACAGACAGGAAAUAGCCGUGAACAACGUGAAAAAAAUGUGAAGUCUUCCAGUAUUGCGUCUCGAGCUCCUGGCGCAGAGAAACGUAACCUACAAAAUUCCAAUUUCUCAAAUCAGAAAAGUCAUUCCAGCAGCAUUCCGCCGUUAAUACAAACAGCUCAAAUACAAAAUGGAAGAUCGAGGAAUCAAACGUCUGGAAGUAAUUCAAUGACUUCAAAUAAAUCGAUCACGAAGGAUAAUACGGUAAAUCGUAUAGAUGAAAUCAAGUUAAGCGAUCCCAAUUUAGUUAGUCAAGCUCUUAAUGAUAUUAACAAAAGACCCCAAGGAAAAGAAAAAAAGACAAUGAUUGACUGUGAAAUGGAAACAAAUAAUUGCACCGAAGAGUGUCCUAACAUUGUUGAAGACAAAGUUGAUUCGGAUGGUUUCCAAGAAGUUCGUUCAAAGAAAAACGUAAAAGAGUCUAGACAUGGCCAAAAAGAAGAGACGAAACCUCUGAAACGUGAAAAGGAAAAAGAUAGAGAACGCGAUCGUUCGAAAUCAAAAGCAAACGGUGGGCCACAAACAACUUCUUUACAACAAGUGCAAAAUAUUCCACCUUUACUUGGUCAAACCAUUCCACAACCUUCAAAUAUAUUACAGAAACAAUAUGAUAGAACAUCAAGAAGUCAAAAGCUUGCACCUAGAUUCCAAAAACAGCGCUUAGCAAAACAGCAACAACAACAACAACAAAUUUCUGUAUCUGAAUCAAAUGAUACAAGUAAAAUCAAUAUUUCAUCAAAUAACUUCAGUAAAGAUCCAUCAAGUGGUCCCGCACCUCCGCCAUCUGUUAACGCUUGGGAUAAACCGUUUACAACAAGUCAAUUACAAUCGAGUUCAUCAUCAGCUGUCACUACUGAUAUUCAGUUGGUGUCUGGUUUGUCCACACAGACUGAUCAUGGUCACCUUCAUAGUCAUGAAGUUAAUGAGCAGACAAAUUCUGGCAAUAAUAGCCAACGAAAUUCACCAAAUGGUGAGAAAAAUGUUGGAAAAAGUUUGAAAGAUCAACUCAUAGAAAAAAACUCAGUCCCUGAUGUUUCUUCACCACCUGUACAAACAUUAAUUUUUGAAAAUACAAAUUAUUCGAAAACUACUAAGGCUGGUCCUUCUGAUUUAGCAGUAAAAACUAAAUUCCCAAACCACAUGAAAACACAACAACAACGUGUUGAAAAACGUACGGAUUUGGAAGAAGAAAGUAAUACUGCUAAUACUAUGCAACAACAGCAACAGCAGCAGCAGCAGCAACAACAACAACAACAGCAGCAGCAGCAGCAACAACAGCAACAGCAAAGUCUGCCUGUGGCAUUUUCUAACAAACCAAAUGACUUAAUGAAAGACAAAAAUCAAGAGCCGAUUCAGAUGCCGCUUUCAUUUAAUAAAAAUGAAGAUAAUGCAGAUAUGAAAUUGGAUUUCACAUUCGAUUCAGAUCUUUCUCAGUUGACCGAAGAUAAAAACAAAAGCUUAGGAAUAACUCGAUCUAUGCAUAUGGCUACUGGUCAAAGUACUAUUUCGCCUUCUACAGCAGAGCUUAACUUAAAAAUUGCUUCGGUAAAAAAGGUAUGGGAAAAUGCGCCUCCUAUGCCAACUGUAGUCGAACAUGAGGAUGGUAAUGUCGUCAGUACUGCUAAUACUUUCCCUCAAGCGUUUGAAAGUACGGAUGUUGAUGAUAGUUACAGCCCUCAUCAACAGUAUAAUCAAAAUAACAUGAAAAAUGAAAUAACUACUUCUACGAACGUAUGCAAGCUGGUUCCCCCGCAGGUGAAGCCGCAGCAACAGUCUUCGGGAAGUAGCAGUAGCCAGUCUGGUUCGACCGUUCCUGGACCAAGCCCUAUUGGAGCAGGUCAAAGUCCUAUCGGACAUCCUCCCGUUAGCCUUCAAGGACCAUUGAGCCCGCCUCCGUUCAACUCCACGGGACAACCCUCUCAUAUUAAUUACCAGGAGUUUCCUCAGUAUCCAGGCUCUCAAGCUGCACAAUAUGGUAGCAUGUCUGCCAUACCUUCUCCGCCAGCCGUAUUGUUCAAUACUGGUUCUGGUCAACUUCCAGCUCAAGCAGGAGGUCUUUACGGAGCAUUUCAAUUAGAUCAAAGUCGAUCUCCUUUUACACAGUACCCACCGUAUGCGCCAUCUUUGCAAAAUUCAUUUAGUCAGCAGAACGUUUACUUACAACAACCUCCGCCUCCGCCACCACAUGCGCCGAAUGCACCCACUCCGGAUAUGUAUCAAAGCAAUCUUUCACAAUAUCGCAUCACUGCAGCUGCUGCUCCACCAUUUGGACAAAAUCAACAACUCAGUAACAAUCCAAAUACAGUUCUUAUUAACUCUUCUUCGAAUUCCUUAAUGUCAGCCAGUGUGAAACCAUCUUCUCAACCUAUUGGAGCUAUCGGAACUAAAGCUCCUCAUUUUCAAGCACCAUCUGCUCCUCAACCAAAUCCAUUAACAUACAUACCGUAUGAUCCAAAUCAAGUACUCGGCGUGAGUGGCAGUUACAUGGGCAAUUCCCAAUUGGUACAGAGAGCUGGUCCAAACGUACAAGCAUCGGCGAAUAGUUAUUAUAGUGCAACUUCAGCUGAUGUAUUUCCCGGAUCGCAAACAGGUUUUUAUCAGCCAGGGGGUGCUACGCAACAAACCGGUACUCAUUAUGGACUUCAAGGAUUUGGUCAGCACAGUCAAAGCUUGGCACCUGGCAGUGCUACUCCUGUUGGACUUCAAAAUUUUAGCUCAGGCUUUUUAUCUAGUUCGGGAUUACAGAUUGCUGCAGCAGCUCAGCAGUUUCGUAAUCCGACAGGAGGACUUCCUGGACCAGCAAAUGCAGGUCCCACUUUUCUCAGCAAACAUCAACCACAGGAACAACCUAGACAAUUAAAAAGUCCAUCAGGAAAUCAGCAAGAUGUCCUUGCAUCGGUUUUCAGUUCGUCUCCACAAAUACCAUCACCAAAAUCGAGGAACUGUAAACAACAAUCUUCUUCUCAACAACCACAACCUAGUCCAACACAACAUCAUAAAUAUCAACAGUAUCAAGGUGUUAGUCAGUCGACUUUGGUUUUGCAACAAAAUAUACGUGGCAUGGGUAUACCACCACGCGCUGGAAUUCAACCAUCUCAACAAAGAUAUCCACCGCCCAUUCAGAGACCAGUUGUUCCAUGUACACCGGGUCCAAACCCGAAUAAUCCUACGCAGCAGCAACAACAACCUAAUUGUAUGCCUUCACAGCAGCAGCAGCAACAGCAGCAGCAGCAGCAGCAGCAACAGCAGCAGCAGCAACAACAACAGCAAGCUCAAAUCAAUCGCCAUAGACCGAAUUUGCAUCAACAACAACAACAACGAAAUAUGAAAAUGCAACAACAAUAUUAUUCCACCCAAGGAAACGUCAAGAUCGACACAAAUGAAAAGACAGAUUCGCACAAUGAUAAAAUCAACGAUGGUAGUUCCGGUGCUCAACAAGGAGGCGCUAAAUCUAACGUAAAUUCACAAGACAAUGACAAUAAGGAAGAAGUGAACCAACAAAAUGAGUGAAUUGUGAAAAAGAACAAUCGAUUUACUGUUUGAAAAAUACAAUUUACUAUCAUACAUAAUGGUGCGACGUCGAUGGAAAGGUAAAUGAUAAU